AUGGCAACAAAUAAUAAAAAUUCAUGUAGUCAACAACAGAAUGAAACUUUACAAUAUUUCGAUAAAAUACGUAUUGAUCUUCCAUGGAAUCAAAAAGAUAAAAAUAAAUCAAUAGACAAAAUUGAACCAAUGGAAGUAGGAAAUUUAUCACAAAAAUUAAGUCAAUUAUCUACGAAUACGAUAGAGAAAAAUGAACUGUUGCUGAAAGAUAUCAAAGCGGAAAUUGAAAAAAUUCCAGCUUAUCUUACAAAACGAAAUAAAUCUUUCCUGGAAAUAAUGAAACAAGCAUUAUCAAAAACAGCAAUAACAACAAAUACACAACCAUUAUCAACAACAAAGUUAGGUGAUACUACUGAUUCAAUAGAUAAAUUAAGAAAAAUAGCUAUUUUAAUUUAUAAAAUAAUGGUUAUACAAACUUAUCAAGUAUUAUGGGCGGCUUAUUUCAAAUCAGGUAUGGGACAAUUAGUUAUACCAGCUAAAACACAAGUAUCCUAUUCAAUAAAUGUACCAAUAUGGCCAAAAGAACUGAAAGCAAUGUUACUGUCAAAAAAUAUGGAUAAGACGCAUGAAAAUGAUACUCUUUUAAAAUUUGUUAAUAAACAUUUAGAUGAGUUAGAUUAUCAAUUAAAACAAUAUCAAAAUGAAUUGAAUAUCAAAGCCAAUAAUUUCCAAGGUUAUUCAUUAACUAUACAAAAAAUCAUUGAAUUAUAUAUUGAACAAAAUCUUCAUUCUUUACGUAUGGAAAUUGAAUAUAAAGUGAAACUUAUUCAUUAUGAUUAUCAUAUUCAAGCAUUGAAAUUAGAGUAUUUUCGACAUAAACCAAAUGAAUAUCAAAAAGAAUUAAUGAAACAAGUUUGUCAAAGUAACUAUGAAAAAGAAACAUCAGAACAAGAAUAUCAUUUUUUGAAACAACAAAUUGCUUAUUAUAAUUUACCAAAUCAAUCAUUUGAAUGUUCACCAAUAGCUCAUUGUCCAUUAAUUAAUUCUAUUCAAAAUGCAACUAUUCGGCAAGAAUUAUUUAAACAAUAUAAAGAAGUUGCCGAACAAUUGAGAGCUGCUUUAUUUGAUGUUUAUCUGCAAUCAGCUGAAGAUCAACGAGAAGAAUAUAAGAAGAAAUAUGAAAUUGAUGAACAGAAAAUGAAUUCGUCUAAAGACUCAUUGGAUGAAAAAGAAAGAAUAUCUUCAAUCAUGAUUCACCUUAUCAAUCAACGUUGUAAUAAAAUUAGUGAACGUAUUAAAUGUAUCUAUAACUUCAGAUCUCAAUCUAUUCUUAUGAAAUCUUAA